AUGUCUGACAUUUAUGGUAUAGUCGAGUACUUUGGCUCCAAUGAUGAGUCACAUCCGUGUGGUUAUUGUAAGACAAUGAAAGACGGGAACACCGAUUAUGGUAAGUGUCGGUUCGGGAUGUGGGCCCACAGACUCUCUAACAUGAAUUACCAGAACCUUAUUGAUCGCAAUUGGAGAAGAAGUGGUAAAUACUGUUAUAAACCGGUUCUGGAGCGGACCUGUUGUCCGAUG